AGCAAAAUAAAUGAAUAAAAUAGAAAAGCAAAAUUUGCAUUGCAAAUGAAAUGAACGAUGGCGAUAAGCCGAUAACUGUUAAAAGGAAAGUGAAGAAAAAAAAAAAAAACACGCAGAGAGAGGGAGCGAGCGUAAAGAGGAAAGAGAGAGAGUGAAGAAGGAAGGGAUGAUCUGAGUUUUAAAGGGAGAAGGAGCGAGUCAGAGCCCCCGAGUUAGGUCACAUCGGCCAUCCAUGACUCGGUGUUGCCGCUGUCCGUAUUAAUUUCAGCACAGGCCGAGCAUCAGGCUAAUCAGUCUGUCUGCCUUUCUUUUGCUGCACCAAAAUUAUAUAUAUACAGAGAGAGAGAGAGAGAGCGCGUGUUUUAGAGAGAGAGAGAUUAACAGAUCCUAACUCCGUCGUAGGCUCCGCUGCUUCGCUUUCUCUCUUCCCCGUCCUCGCCCCUCCUUUUCAAGAGCAUCCAAGAAGAAGAAGCAGCAGCUGCUGAUCGGCGUUUCCCCUUACCAGGUAAUUGCUUUUCUUUUAUUUUUUGUGCUUCCGAAUGGGAUGUGGAAUUAUUGCUUCUCGGAAAAUGGUUUCUAUCUUCCCCCUUUUUUUUUUCUUUAAUUUUCUAAAACCGUCCUGAACGAAUGCUGUAAUGUUUCAGUUCGUUAGAUGGCAGUUACUUGAUUGGUCGAGUCGCGUACCAGUCAAAAAUGCUUGUUUCUUUCUUCUGGAUUUACUUCCGUCUUCGUCAUAUUCCUCUCCUUUUCUUUCCCUCUUUUUUCUCCGCAUUUUCUCAACUUUCCUCAAGGACUGUUCCCAGGUUAAUUGGUCGCCUGUCUUAACAUUUUUCUCUCAUUAUCGAUGGGAAUUACGUGAAAUCUCUUUUCUAGGGUCCGAUGUGCUUUGAGCUCAGUACGUUUGCACUUCUCUCCUCAGAUUGGCGCUUUGUUGGUGGGUUGACGAGAGCAUCAGUGACAGUGGGGGAUAAAGGUUAGUUGGCUGAAGUAAAAGUAGUGUUUGGAGGCUGAGAAAGUUGAAUCUUGUACGUUUUUGGUGCUUUCCUUAGUGGGUUUUACUCCAAUUCUGAAUUCCUUUUGUUUUCAUAUUGGAUUUUAGGGGUUUCCAUGUUGGUUGUAGGAGGAUACUGAUUCAGAUAAACCCUAAUUUUCCAGAAGGGUAUACAUUGCGAGAGUGAGUAAAGAAUCCCCUGACAUGGAACUGAAUUUGUAGGCUAGAGGGAUAUAUAGAGUGAAAUUGAAGGACAUAGUUUCUUAUGAUGGAAGACUUCUCCAAGUAUUCUCACAGUCCUGCUCACUUGGCAGUCGCACGCCGUGAUUAUGCUGGCCUUCAAAGCAUUAUCUCUAACCUCCCACAACUUGCCAAGGCUGGUGAAGUUACUGAUGAAGAACAGUCAGUUGCUGCUGAAAGAGAAGCUGAUGCUCUCUCAGCUAUCAUUGAUCGCCGGGAUGUUCCUGGUCGUGAGACUCCUCUACAUCUCGCUGUUAAAUUGAGGGACCAAAUCUCUGCAGAGAUCCUAAUGGCAGCAGGUGCAGAUUGGAGUCUUCAGAAUGAGAAUGGCUGGAGUGCCCUUCAAGAAGCAGUCUGCACAAGGGAGGAAGCAAUUGCUAUGAUAAUUGCUCGUCACUAUCAGCCGCUCGCCUGGGCAAAAUGGUGCCGUAGGCUCCCUCGUAUUGUCGCUUCAGCAACUCGUAUCCGUGACUUCUAUAUGGAGAUUACGUUUCAUUUCGAGAGUUCUGUCAUUCCGUUCAUCGGCCGUAUCGCCCCAUCAGAUACUUAUCGUAUUUGGAAACGGGGCGCUAAUCUUCGAGCUGACAUGACGCUUGCUGGGUUUGAUGGGUUCCGGAUUCAAAGAUCAGACCAGACUUUUCUUUUCUUGGGAGAGGGUUAUUCUGCAGAGGAUGCUGGUGGAACGUCUUUACUACCAGGUUCUCUGAUUGUUCUUGCACACAAGGAGAAAGAGAUUACUAAUGCGUUGGAAGGAGCAGGUGCACAACCGACUGAAGCAGAAGUUGCCCAUGAAGUUGCUCUCAUGUCGGAAACCAAUAUGUAUAGGCCGGGGAUUGAUGUGACACAGGCGGAGCUAGUUCCUCAUUUGAAUUGGAGACGUCAGGAAAGAACUGAGAUGGUGGGGAAUUGGAAGGCCAAGGUUUAUGAUAUGCUUAAUGUGAUGGUAAGUGUGAAGUCGAGGCGAGUUCCAGGUGCUAUGACAGACGAGGAACUUUUCUCUGUAGAUGAUGAAGAAAGAUUGGCAAAUGGAGGGGAUCAGGACAAUUUUGAUGAUGUACUGACACCUGAAGAGAGAAAACAGUUAGACUCUGCACUUUGCGCGGGGAAUUCUGAUGGUUUACGGGAGGAGGAAGCUGGUGGGGUGGUUGAGUACCAAGAAAAUGGUUCGGUAGGACCAUAUCAAAAUGGUGAAUCAAAUGGUACGACUAAGGAGAAAAAGAGUUGGUUUGGCUGGAAGAAUAAAGGUGGUAAACACAACAACGAUGACUCUGAAGAUCCAAAAAUGGGGAAAAAGUAUUCGAAGUUGAGGCCGGAUGGUGGCAAUCAGAAAUCUGUUGAUCACCAAAAUUCAUCAUCUGAAUCUGGUUGGGAAGAUGGUACAGGAGAUACAAGCAAGGGAAAGGAUAAAAGUGGCAAGAAGAAAACGAAGAAAGGGCCGAGUAGCGAGUCUAAGAAUGAAAGCGAGUACAAAAAGGGUUUGCGUCCUGUAUUGUGGCUGACGCCUGAUUUCCCCUUGCAAACGGAUGAGCUCCUGCCAUUGCUUGACAUAUUGGCUAACAAGGUUAAAGCUAUUAGGAGACUCAGGGAGCUUUUGACUACUAAACUUCCUUGUGGAACAUUUCCUGUCAAGGUAGCUAUACCUAUUGUUCCAACCAUAAGGGUGAUUGUGACAUUCACGAAGUUUGAGGAGCUUCGGCCUGUGGAGGAAUUCUCAACGCCUCUCUCCAGCCCAACACAUUUCCAGGAUUCAAAGUCCAGGGAAUUCUCAUCAGAUGCUGGGUCUACAACUACAUCAUGGAUAUCUUCAUGGAUGAAAGGUGGAAGUCGAGGAGGUCAGUCGAGUGAUAGUGACAGCCAUCGGUACAAGGAUGAGGUUGACCCCUUCCAUAUACCAUCAGAUUACAAGUGGGUUGAUGCCAAUGAGAAGAAGCGGCGGAUGAAAGCUAGGAAAGCCAGGACCAAGAAACAUCAUAGGAAGCAACACCAGCAGGCAGCAAGAACCGGGGGCGGAGGAGGAGGGGAUAGUGUUGGGGCACAUAAUCACAGUGGAAAUGCUGAAGAUCAAUGAUGCCGAGAAGCAUUCCUCAAGUGUUUGGCCCUUCAGAGUGCCUGCAGAAAAGGGCGGGUGAGGCAAGGCUCUUUUCUUCCGAGGCAUGACAUAAUUUCCGGACGGGUUUGACAAUGCAGCUUCUUGUGAAUCGCCAGGGGAUUGAUUUAUGAAGAAUAUAUUGGUUGGUUAGGUUGAGUUUACUCUUUUGAUGGGUUGAUUGUGAAACUUCCCACAUGCUGUAUUUGUUAUGUGAUGUGAAAAUUUGCAGAGGGUGUAUCGGAUGGAGAUCCUGAUCCUCUUGUUUCAUCUGUCUUUAUAUCUCCAUCUCCCAUUCUCCCUGUCUCAGCCUAGUAGUUUGUUCUUUGGUUUGGUUCCUUCAUUUGUUGUUUGUGCAUUAAUCCAAUUGUACUCGAGUUAUUGGUUAUCAAGUUAACAAACAAGCAGCAGAUUUUCUGGUUGAGGGUUUCCCUCGCCUCGGCGUCCGCCGUCUCUCUUAACUCCGCUGCUUGCUUUUUUGCUGGACUCUUCUGUCUUACUCGUUUUUUCACUUGUUAUUGAGAAUAGAUAGUAUAACAACACUUAAAGUGUUAUGAUGCUAACACCUUAGGAGUGGCAUGCAGUUCGAUAAAUCCGACUAAACCGGAACAAACUGCAUGUCAAACCGACCAAACUGAAAAUGUACCCUUUGUCUUUGUGGGUCUGAAUUCGGGAACUGUUUGGCACUUUGGCUGAUUUUCGGAGUUCGGUAGUACGAAAUGAAGAAUAAAUGCAUUA